CCGCGGUGGGCGGAGACUUACUGGUCCUUUUUGUUAGUCUUCGGCGGUGGAGGAGAGCAAACCUGAUCCCGCGCAGCCAAUCACAGGAGAGAGGGCCUACCCAACCCUAUGCGAUUGGUCGGAGGUGCGUUCCAGGCUCCUCCCCGUCUUUCACAAGGAGGGAGAUUUAAACCGUGGAGGUGGAGACGGGCUCCUUAGAAUUACGCCGGUGAUUUUCUUGGUGGAUGAUGCAGUGUGGACGAUUUGGGACGGAGGGCUGGGCUCCCGCGACCAGCAGAUCUUCAACUCAGCCCUUCUCUCUUGGAGUAAAGAUGGUGAGUGUGGGUGUGGGUCCGGGUCCAAGUCGAGAUUGGAAACAAAGCUCUAGGUCCAUGUCUAAUGUGGAAACAGAUGAAUCUGUUUUGCGAAGGAGGCAGAAGCAAAUAGAUUAUGGGAAAAAUACCAUUGGAUACCAAUGCUUUGUUCAGGAAGUUCCCAAGGCUACUCGGGAGUCAGGUGUUCAUCCAUGCACACCAAAUAAAUAUAAGAAAUACAGUCGCCGCUCAUGGGACAUGCAGAUCAAGUUGUGGCGAAGGGCACUACAUGGCUGGGACCCACCUGGACUUGAGAGGCAGGAGCUGGUGAAGAAGGUGAACCACCUAUCUCAUUUCUCAAAUGAAUGGCCUGGUGCUCAGAGGACUCUGGAAAACAUGUGUAAAGAAGCCUUGGAAAGACAGGAAAAGGAAGGAGAAGCCGAAAGGAGAGAAAAGGAGGCUGAAGCAGCUUUGUUUUCACCUCAAGCACGUAUGCGUGUGCUUCAGAGGCAAGAAGAGUGGUAUAUAAAUAAAUAAGGAGGGAACAGAGACACUACUUGCCAGUGAGAUUGUAAACAACACAAAUAUAGUGUUCCUGCUUUGCGGAUUUUUACUUAUCGCGGGUGGUCCUGAAACGUAACCCUCGCGAUAAGUGAGGAAACACUUAUGUACCUGUGAUCCACUCUAAGUCCACUCGGGGAGAUAAAGCAGAAUUUAAAUAAAGUAUAUUAUCAUAUUGUUAUCCCUGGA